AUGACAACCAAUGCUGAGUUAGCUGAUAUCGAAAUUCGAUGUAUUCCAGAUAAUCCACAUGCUAUUUCUGGCGUCUUGCUUACAAAAAAAGCUCGUUUCGACAUUGAAACAAAAAGUAAAGGAGAGACAACCAAACUAACACCACUGAAUUUAGUACUCAUUCUUGAUCGCAGCGGAUCCAUGGAAUUAGACAAUAAAUUAACGUUUGCAAAAAAAGCUGUGAUUUCGGUUCUUAAUCUUCUUCACGAUGAUGAUAUAGUUCAUCUUGUUGCAUAUGAUGCUGACGUAUCUGUCAUCUUUGAAAAUGCACGAGC